UCAUCUAAGCUUAAAACGCGCCUUCCGAUGAUUAGGCAUUAAAACAAAAAUUGAGCGUUUUCCCGAGGAAAAAAAAAACAGAAUGCAAGUACAGCUGAAUCCGCGGAUAAAGUAACAUCAUUAUUCUCUAAACAUAAAACUGUCCGGCGGGGUUGGAUAUUUGCCUAGUAUUGUAAUGUAAUGCACACUGAAUGUUGCAAUAAAGGGGGAAAAAAAACACUUUGUGCCUGCCCAGGGCUCUGCGCUAGCAACCUUCAGGUCAUUCUGCAGAGCGACAGUCCUCACCGGGUUACUGGAGUUCAGCGCUCAGCUCCAGGUCGCAGUUACUCUCGCCGUCGCAGUCGAGCUGGGGCGGCUGCUGAUGAACAGCGUCUUGUGAAGAACAUCGAGAGUCUGCACUGCAGUUUUUUGUCUUGGUCUUUUGUCGUUGUCGUUGUUGUUGUUCUGGUUGUUCUCCGCACCUGGAGGUUGUGUUUCGUCGGUAUGUUUUGCAAAUCGCUUGUGCGGAGCGCGUAUGCAGCCGGCAGACUGGAAUCUAAGCCGGUUGUCCGCAAAAUGAGCCCGUUGCUUCCCUACAGUGAUGAGACCCGGAGACAGUCCUCGUCUUCUGUUUUGUCUGGCAACAAACCUAAAACUAUGGAUGAGCUCCAUGGUCCAACCUUUCUAACUUCUCUUUACUGGCUUUUCGUUAAAGGAUACUUUGACAAAACCCACGAAAUGCAAGUUGAGCACAAGAAGAUCUACGGCCCUCUGUGGAAGUCCAAGUAUGGCCCCCUGGUGGUGGUGAACGUGGCAGAGGCCGAACUGAUCGAGCAGGUGCUGAGGCAGGAAGGGAAGUACCCCAUCAGGACGGACAUGCCCCACUGGAGGGGCUACAGAGUGCUGCGCCAGCAAGCCUAUGGGCCGCUCACUGAAAUGGGGGCAGAGUGGCAGCGGAUCAGGAGCAUUUUGAACCCCAGGAUGCUGAAGCCAAAGCACGUGUCGUCGUACUCCACAGCCAUCAACCAGGUGGUGACCGACUUCGUCCACAGAGUCCGCUGGCUCAGGGAGAGCGCCGGCGGGGGGGCUGUGGUGCACGACGUGGCAGGCGAACUCUACAAAUUCGCAUUUGAAGGAAUCUGCUCGGUGCUGUUCGAAAUCCGCAUGGGCUGCCUGAAUGAGCAAAUCCCGCAGGAAACCCAGAAGUUCAUUGACUCCGUGGGGGAGAUGUUCCGAUUGUCCCCAAUCUUGGUGCUUUUCCCCCAGUCCCUCUGGCCUUAUCUGCCCUUCUGGAAGCACUUUGUGGCUGUCUGGGACCAUCUCUUCAAAGUCGCCCAGCAGCUGAUUGACAGGAAGGUGGUGGAGAUCCGGGAGAAGGCAGCGAAGGGUGAGACUGUGGAGGGCGAGUAUCUGACACACCUGCUGGCCAGCGAGAAAAUGACGGUGACUGAAAUUCUGGGCAGCAUUACAGAACUGCUGCUCGCUGGCGUGGACACGACAUCCAACACCAUCUCCUGGGCUCUGUACCACCUGGCACGAGAGCCAGACACUCAGGAGAAGCUGCACCAGGAGGUGGACAGUGUCUGCCCAGGAGAUAAAAUACCCACGAGCGAAGACUUUGCAAAGAUGCCAUGGCUGAAGGCAACAGUGAAGGAAACACUUCGAUUGUACCCAGUUGUACCUGGUAACGCCCGGGUUGUGGUUGAAGAUGAAAUUAUGGUUGGUGAUUGUAUUUUCCCCAAAAAGACGCUUUUUCACCUCUGCCACUACGCUGUGUCCUACGACGGAAACCACUUCCCCCAGCCCCACGCCUUCCUGCCCCAGCGCUGGCUGAGAGGAGACGAGAGGCUGAAGCAGCACCCGUUCAGCUCCGUGCCCUUCGGCUUCGGGAUCAGGGCCUGCCUGGGCAAGAGGCUGGCGGAGCUGGAGAUGUACUGCAUACUGUCUAGGCUGAUGAAGCACUUUGAGGUGCGUCCUGAUCCUUCCGGAGCCACAGUCAAAGCCAAAACCAGGACCCUUCUAGUGCCUGCGUCCCCCAUGAACCUGCAGUUUCUGGACAGGAAAUAGAGACAAGCCCUAGAGGCAAAAAGACAAAAACAACUACAGGUCUCACGGUCAAAUCGACAGAGUUAAAACAUGACAACCAAAAGGGGCGAUUUACAGCAACGUAUUCUGUAGCACAGUGUCUUCAAAAAGGAGUUGCGAGGUUAAGAAAGAGAGAAUUCAACACUAGAGCCAGUUCUGUUUUUAUGUUGAAGGAGUGCUAUUGCACACUGGAGGCUCAGGCCAAGUACCUUCAGUUGGCUCAGUUCUGCUCUGUUGCAUCAAAACAUCCUGAGUCCUUACUGCUGUUUGUGCGCAGGAACAGAGUGUAGCUGCAGACAUCCUUUCAGCUUCAUUCUUUUAAGUUUUCCACAAGCAGACGUAUUUCAAACAAACCGCGGUAACAUUAGGAAACAAAACAAUCUACAAUAGGUGCCUUAUAUAUAUAUAUCAUUCCAUAUCAUUCUAUUACUUAUUUAAUGUUAUUUUUUAGUGAGCCAUUUAAGUCUUCUGUUAGAAUUCCUUACUGCACUUUCUCCUGCAUGCUUGUUUGGCUAAGGGACCACUGUUCUCAUCUUGAGUCGGUUCCAUACAAAAUGGAAUUGGAAUAUGCAGUUAUUAAAGAUAAUGCUGCCAUUCAUAUUAAAAUAUUCAAAAAAGACGAAGGGUUGGUAGAGCAAACACAGGGUGUCAAUUUUCUAAAAUAACGUACAGCAAUUAAAGUUGAAAUUUUAGGUAGUACCCCUUUAGAUACCCUUUACCCUGUUUUCUCUAGAGCUCACUGAUUUACAUGUAUUCAGUAGUUAACGCUCCUAGACUUCUGGUUGGGAACUACUAUUGUAACAUGUGACAACAUUACAAAUGAGUGAUAAACGCAGUAAAAUGUUGAUAAUGUUUAA